UUUCUAAAAAUUUUCAGAGAAAUUUUGAAGGUGAAAAUGAUAGAUUCUGACUUUAAUUUCUUAGAUAUUGAAAAUGAACCUGAAUCAAACUUACGAGGAUCAAGAAUGGAUGGAUAUUUAUACAAACAUGAGCAACGACCAAUUGUUGGCCUUACAAAAAAGAAAUAUUGGUUUGUUCUUCCAAAAGAAGCGCCUGUAUUAUAUUGGUAUAAAAGCCCUAGUGAUUUUAAUUGUGCUGGAAGAAUAGUCUUGUCUGGUGCUGCAUUCACUUUUAAUCCUCGAGACUCUGGAAUAUUUGAAAUUCAUGUUGAUAAUGAAUGCUACAUUCUGGAAGCAUCUGAUAAUAAAUUACGGAUUGAAUGGCUUAGUUCUCUGCAAUAUAAUCGAAAACAGUAUUAUCAACAAAAUUCAAAAGAUAAUUCAACUGAAAUAAAAAUUUCUGAAAAUUCUCAAGGUGCUGCUUGUUCAAAAAAUGAUCAACAAGAUAAAUCACCCACCAGCUUAAAUAGAUUGAGCCGAAAUUUGGAUAGAAAUAUUGAUGUGCCAGAACCAAAAUCUGUUUUUUAUCUGAAUGAGAAUGGUGGAUUACAUCCUGGUAGUCUUGAAAUUCCUCCUCCAAUUUGUAAUAUUCAAUCUAUAGAAAAUUUAAUAAAUAAAGUUAAUGAUGAAACUAAUCAAUUGGAUUUAACAACAAAAUUAUUUCGUAGAACGAGAAAUUCUUUGAGAAAUAAUUCGCAAUCAAGUCAUUGUAAUAUGUCGAAUUUUGCUUUUCCACAACCUCGAGAAAAUUGUGAUAAAUGUGCGGAAUUUCUCAAAGCUUUUGAUCAAUUACGAAAUAAAUGUUUUGAAUUAACUGACGAUUUGGUUGUUUACCAAGACUUGGUUAAUUCGUUGAAAAAGAGUGUCGUUUCUGCACAUAACGAAAAACAGGCCUUGCAACAAUAUUGUGUUGAUGCUUCGUCUGAUAUGGAUAAAUUAGCUUUUGUUUUGGAGCGAGAACAAGCUUUCACAAAUAUUCAAUUUACAGCUUCACAACUUAGAAGAGAUAUCGAAACUUUAAAAGCUGAUAACAGAAAAUUAGAACUCGAAAAUAAUUCACUAAAUGUAACAGUCGAAGCAUAUCAAGAAUCUGUUCGUACUAAAGAAGAAUUAAUUCUACGAUUAGUUGAUCAAAAUUCUAUGGGUGCUCCUGUAAGGAAUUCAAUUAGAAAUAGAUCUACUGGACAUAUAAAUAUAUCACCAGAAGUUCCCGAGGCAUUACUCGUUGACUACGGAACGCCUACUGAUUAUGUUACUAAAAAUGUUUUGGCAGAAACGGCUGUGAGCGAUUUAAAUGAAAUGCACGAUUUAAUUGAAGGAUAUAAAAAUCAAAAUAACUUUUUGAAUAAUGAAGUUAUUGAACUUCAAAGAAUUAUUCAAUCAUUGGAAGAACGAGAACGUCGUUUGAUAAGACAAAAUUUUAGUCUUGAAGCUUUUUAUUAUCAAAUGAAAAGUCGUUAUGUUAUGCUUUUAAAUCAUUUUCGUUCUUCUGAUCAACCUCCAAAAAGAGUUAUUGAACCAUCAGUAAUCCAAAAUUUGGUGGAAGAAGUAUCUCGCCCUCUUUCUCCAUUUAGAGCAAAUAAUUCAAAUACUUUGGCUUCUGAAACUUUGAAGUCUCGUGCAGCUCUUUCCACAGCAAUUUCAAAUCCUGAAGGAAUUCCCGUCGCUGCUUUUGAGGAUUUAAAUGCUGGAAUUUUGCAAAAUGCUGAUCCAGAAACUGAUUCUCUUGGAUUUUAUUUGACACCGCAAAAAUCCCGAAAAUCUGAUGGUUCUAAAAAUGCUUGCCAAGAACCUCCUAAGGAUUUACAAUCUCCUGGAGAUGUUCAAUUAAAUUCUAAGGACGAUCAACAACCAGUUGCAGAACAAAAUACCUGUAAAGACGGUGUUGAACAAACUGAUCCUUCCUCUUCCGUUCCUUCAACUUCUUAUUUUGCCUAUUUUAAUGAAUUAAAAGAAAAACCUGCCUUCUUUUCUCAAAAUAAAGAUUUAUUAUUACGUUUGGCAGCAGAUUCACAAAAAAGAGCUGAUGACAUUCUUUCACUUGUUGAGCCAGGAAAUAAUCAAGAAUUUGUUAAUUGGUUAGCACGAUGGGAUUCAUUUCUUGUUAACCAUGUUUCACAUCCACUUAACCCUGACCCUAAUUUAAAAGCUUUGGUUCGUUGUGGUGUUCCUCAUGCUUAUAGAAGAAGAGUUUGGAGCGGACUUGUUGAUUUUCAUGUUGGUUCAACACAAGUAGAGGCAGGGAAUGGAUAUUAUGAAUGUCUUUUGCGAAAAUCACAAAAGCUACUUUCAGAGGAUGAUGCUGCUCUUAAACAAAUUGAUUUGGAUUUGGCUCGUACUUUGCCAAAUAAUAAAUUAUUUGAAACAGAGCAAAGUCCAAAAGCUGGUGCCUUAAGAAAUAUUCUUUAUGCUUUUCGUUUUCACAAUAAAAGUGUUGAAUAUUGCCAGGGAUUGAAUAGAAUUGGUGCUAUCGGUCUUUUAUAUCUUGAAGAAUCUGAGGCCUUUUGGUUUCUGGUUGCUAGUGUUGAACAUUUACAACCAUUAAAUUAUUAUUCUUCAAAUUUAGUUGGAGCAGUUAUAGACCAAAGAGUUUUACUUGAUUUAGUACAAGAAAAAAUGCCUGCUUUACAUGCACAUUUACAAAAAUUGGAAGUUAAUUUGUCUUUAUUUACCUUAAGUUGGUUUCUAACGGUUUUUGUUGAUGUUCUCUCUCAUACAAUUUUUGAUGUUUUUCUCUAUGAAGGCAAUAAAGUAUUGUUUCGUUUUGCUUUAGCAAUUUUAAGACUUGUAGAGCUUCGCCUUCUUGAAUGUAAUUCAUUUUCCGGUGUUCAUACUUGUUUAAGUAAUUUAUCUUCAAUUGUUACGGAUUAUAAAGCUUUGGCAAAGAUUGCAUUCAAUCAUCUUAAUCCAUUCCCUGCAAGGCUUAUUGAAUCACGUCGUCAAAGCUAUUAUUUUCAGCACAGAUGUGGAAAAUUCAAUAUUUAAUCAACUUUGGAUGAAAAAGAGGGAUUUUACUUUCAUUAUUAUUCUAAAUUUGUAAUUAGCAAAGCUGGGAUUUAAAAUUUUGAAAAGUAUUAAUUUCCAAAAUAUACUCAAAAUCAUUCCAUCUAUUUCCACUUCAUUUUUAACUAUAUA